UUUAUCGUGUGAAUCCCGAUAAAUCUUCACUAGUUGUGGGACACGGCACCAUUUAUAGGUAGAAAAGGGGUGAAGUCAAGUUAACCAAUAGAAGGAGAAAAAGUCGAAGUUUUGUCAUUUGUGUUCCAAUCUCUGAUGGCGUAGCGUGAGCUCAAAACCUUAAUCUACACAAGUUACUCCUCAAAUCUCUCCGACCUCGUUUUCGUGUUUCAUCAAGGGAAAGCUGAAAUUGCAUGUACUUAACCCCUUCUUUGGUUUCCUCCUCAAUUAUUGAACCCUAUCAAAUUUUCCACAAAUUUUCGAAAUUAAAUGCUCGGAGUUCUGUAAUUUUUGUAGUGUUUGAAGAAUAAGAAGAGGGAAAAUGUGGGGGUUUGGUGGUAGAUAUUAUUGGGGAAGAAAGGUAAAUUGUGAGAAAGAGAAUGGGAUAGUUGUGGUGUUCGCAUGGAUGUCAAGUGAGGAAAAGCACUUGAUGAAAUAUGUGGAUCUCUACUCCUCUCUUGGAUGGAAUUCACUUGUUUGCCACUCUCAAUUUCUCAAUAUGUUCUUCCCUGAGAAAGCCACAAUUCUUGCUGUUGAUAUUCUAAAUGAACUUGUCGAGGUGCUGAAAAUAAGGCCUUGUCCCGUUGUCUUUGCAUCUUUUUCAGGUGGUUCAAAAGCUUGUAUGUUAAAGGUUCUUCAGAUAAUUAGUGGGAAGUGCGAAACACAUAAUAUGGAUGAUUACCAGCUUGUUAGAGACUGUAUUUCUGGCUACAUUUAUGAUUCCAGUCCAGUUGAUUUUACCAGUGAUUUGGGCGUUCGGUUUCUUCUGAACCCAUCUGUUUUAAAAGUGUCCCGUCCACCAAGAUUUGCUUUAUGGAUUGCCAAUGGUAUAGCAUCUGGUCUUGAUUCCCUUUUCCUCACAAGAUUUGAAUCCCACCGUGCAGAGUAUUGGCGAACACUUUACUCCACCACCAGUAUGCAGGUCCCAUAUCUCAUUUUUUGUUCAGAAGCUGAUGGUCUUGCUACUUUUGAGGUUAUUUCAAAUUUUUUCCGUCGACUGAAAGACCUCGGCGGAGAUGUCAAACUGAUAAAAUGGAGUGAUUCUCCUCAUGUAGGUCAUUUUCGGCAUCAUGCGGAUGAAUACGAAGCUGCAACCGCUGAGAUCCUUGGCAAGGCAGUUGCAAUUUAUCGCCACAAAAACAGAAGAAUCGAAGAUGAGAAACUAGGCAUAGAGGGAACAAGAGAUGUGAUCACAGAUCCAUUCUCUGAGCUUCGGAAAGCAGCAGCAACCUCAACUAGUUUUCAGGGUUUCGCUGUUGCUCCAAGUGAGAAUCUUUCUCCUAGUUCAGUGGAGUUUUAUGAUGGUAAAGAUGUUAGCUCCGUAGCAGAUGAACAGAAAGGAAGUUUCAUUCAUCUUCCAAGCCGCCCAAGCAUCAACGCUAAUGGGGUUCUUGGCCAAAUAUUAUUUGAUGUUUGCGUUCCUAAGACAGUUGAGGAUUGGGAUGUCAGAUCAAAUUCCAAAAAUGCUCAAAUAAUAUUUGGUACACGGAAGCACACUCCUUUCAAUCCUAUAAAAUGUAUCAGGCGCUCGAGAUUGUAACAUUGUUGAAUGUUCACACACAAGUUUCAGGUGGGUUUGAAGGUUCCAUGUUUGCUUCAUAAAAAACUUAAGAGAGAUCUUAUAGGUCUAGACAUGUAGUAGUACCUGAAAUAAGAGACCCUAAUGACUUGUAAAUUCCCUCUCAGCUGUGUGUUUAAUUACCGAAUAAUGUAAUUGAGCAGCUGGAUUUUUCCUGCGUGAAUUGUACAGUUACUUCAACGGAGUAUAUUUUAUGUCUUGACUCAAAUGGAGUUGUAAAUGUAAUAAUAAUACCCUUAAAAUUAAGUUGACAAAUCCUGUUCUCUAAGUA